UAAAGUCCUCACACAGUCUGCUGUGUCUACAAACCUGACAUUUUUACCAGAAUAAAAGUCGAUGUACAACUUAGGAUACUGAAGCACGUUACAAGGGAAAUAAAUUAAUGAAAAUGUAAUCCACAGUUUUGCUUAGUUGCAGGUAGUGAGGAGUCAUGAUUUUUCAGGGACCAUUCUGACACUGUUACCUCUGGAUCAUGUGGAAAAUGUCCAUGCAGCUCAGAAGAUGUUGAGAUGUUUUUCAUGAAACACAUAUUGCAGUUUUAUUUAUAUACUCUCAUAUACUCCUGAGGCAGCCUGUGGGACAUGCUGGUAGAAAAGAAUUACCGCUUCUAAUCCUGUUGUAUAAAGGAAACAACACAGACAUUUAAAAAAAAACAAAAAAACAUUUGUUGAUCAGUUUAAUCGAGUAAUAAAGGAAGCUGGGAAAUAACUUAUCAGCUGGCAUAAGUACACUGUAUAGCCAUACUUUUGUGGACGCCUGACCGUCACACUCAUAUGUUAGCCUUCCCCAAACUUGUUGAAGGCAUAUGAUUGUGUAGUAUGUUUUUGUUUUGAAGUGGAAGAACUCGAGUGGCUUGCACAGAGCCCUGACCUCAACCCCAUUGAACACCUUUGGGAUGAACUGAUAUGCCGACUGAACCCCAGGUGUUGGGUUGAGCAAAAACAUACUACACAAUCAUGUGCCCACAUAUGGGUGUCAUGGUCAGGUAUCCACAUGCUUUGGCCAUACAGUUUAGUCUAACAUCUUGAUGACCUCAGCUUGUAGCUGAUCAAACCAAGGUGCAUUUUUCAGCAGGGCUUUCACUUACUCACUGGAGUGACAGCUAUUUAAAAAAAGCUUUUUUUUGUGACUGUAGGGUCUCAAAAGAGACUGUAAGACCCUACAGUGUGUUGUGGCUUAUGACUGAUGGAUGGGUGACACUUGCUUGCAUGCAAUAGCAGAUAAAGGUGAUCUCAUGUGACCAGAACCUGAACCGGUGCUGUGAGCUAGUAGAGCUCACUUCAAAUAUCCAGGGGCAGCUGUUCACUAUACUCAACCUUACUGCACAUGAAGGUGGUCACUAUGCAGGAGUGGACACACUUAAAUCUCGCUUGCUGCCAUGGCUUGGUACAUGCUUCACCAUGGCAAGCGCCACUGUCUCUUCAGACACCAGUCUCAAUCUUAUUCAGGACAAUGUGGAGAAGGAGCGAAGGAUCCAUGAACUGUCGUUGUCUCAUGAGAGUGACAUGCAUAAGAUUGAGGACCAGCUCUGCUCUACACGUAUAGAGCUGGACUCUGUCAAACAGCAACUUGCUGAUGCUAAGAUUGAACUGGACUCCAGCAAAAACAGAUCAGCGACCACUCUUCUUGCCACAGAAGAUGAGAUACUGCACCUGAAAGCAGAGUUGCGGAUGGCCUAUGAUCAGGUGGACCUCUAUAAGAAGAAGCUGGAUAUUCUGGAGGACUAUGAGAGGCAGGUCAGAUUACUGAGAGAUGAGGUCACCUUUCUCACGGCCGACAAAUCCAUGCUACAGGAAAGGCUGGUGAGGAGUCGUUCUCCCAGUCCUCUUCCUCGGCGGAGUCGUAACAGCAGUCCUGUUAGGAGCGAGUCUCCUACGCGCGCCCAGCUCACCAGCUCAUCUCGCCAUGCCCGGCUUGUGUCACGCUUCUCUGACCUGUACGCCAUUGAACGGCUGGAGGCCCAGAGCCUCCUCCGCCGCUACAUCGAUGACUUGGAGACAGUGCAGAGGAUCAUCUUCAUUGCUGCUGUGGAAUCAUUUCAGGCAGCUAAAUUGGCCUAUCGUCAGUUUAAACUGCGUGUGAGGAAAACUCUUUCUCCUACACACAUGGGUCCUGAGAGUCUGGAGGAUGCUGUAGAGGACUACAUCGUCAGAAACCUUGACCUUUACGAUGUGCAGACAAGUGUUAAUGAUGUCAUCAACUCAAUGAACGUGAACCCACGUAUAUCCUUCCCUCCAGAAGUGGACUUUAUGCUCAUCAGUUGUUUCAUCAGAGAGAUGUGUAGAAUUGCUUUCGACAUGCAGACGCUACAUCCUCCCCUAGACCUCGCCUUUAGCUCUGAUGGAGAACUCUACAAUGACAUCAAGUACAGGCGUAGUUAUGAUUCAGAGUUCACCGCGCCACUGGUGGCGUAUCACGUGUGGCCUGCACUGAUGGAGGGAGACUCGGUCCUAGUGAAAGGAGAGGCUGUCACCAGGAGAGGGGCAUUGUGGAGGAGCCGAAGCCGCAGCUGCAGCCCGGUUCGCUCUCGGUCAGGAAGCCCCAGCCGCACACUUAUGUCCAGUCGUAGUCGGAGUCCUUCCCCUGGACGUCUCUCCACUAGCCGACUGUAAAUAUCACGUAAAUUUCAAGCCACUCGGAAGGUUCUGUAAAGACUCUGAUUUCAGACAAACACCAUUAGCAUUAAUGAUAUUUUCCUAUAAAUUUUUUUUCUCUUUACACAAAGCCAUGGAAAGUGGCAUCAGAUGGACCAGAAAUAUGCUUUAAUAAAUCUGCACCACAUCCACAGUAUACUUGCUAGUACAUUACACCGUAGCCUUAAAAUAACAAUAAAAAAAGGUCUUCAGGCUUUGGCCUAUAUCUGUGGCUAAGGUGCUUUAUCUGAUACAGACCUCAAUCAUUUUAAAGGUGCUAUGGUUUCAGUCUUCCCUAUAGAGUACAUGUGAUUUUUGUGUGUGGAUAAUGUUCAUUAUUUAGACAAUAUGUUGUAGCAUUUUGAGACCCUGCUUCUACUGCAGAAGUACUGUGUGUGCCCUGUGUGAUAGAUUUUUAUUCUCAAAUUCCAGGCAGCAUUAUUUUUUUUUAUUAUUGUCCUAGAUUUAUUUGUGUUAGAUUUCUCCCAAUCAAAAAGCCUAAUCAUUUAAAAUACUUAAUUACUUAAUUACUUGAACAUUUACAAAAUGUUGGAAUUUUUAAAGUAUAAUACAGCAGCACUACUUCUUUAAUAAUAAUUGAUAAUCUUUCACUGCAAGAUUGUUCAAACCAAUUAAAUGCAAUGACCAUGGGUUUCCCCUCAUUGUA